AUGGGACAGCAGUUCACCAACGCUGAAGGGGAGCAAACAGAGAUUGAUGUUGCUGAAUUGCAGGAAUGGUACAAAAAAUUUGUGGUUGAAUGUCCCAGUGGGACCCUCUUCAUGCAUGAGUUCAAGCGGUUCUUCGGGGUCCACGAUAACCAUGAAGCAGCAGAGUACAUUGAGAACAUGUUCAGAGCUUUUGAUAAGAAUGGGGACAACACCAUUGAUUUUCUGGAGUACGUGGCUGCCUUGAAUCUUGUCUUAAGAGGCAAACUGGAACACAAGCUGAGGUGGACAUUCAAAGUGUAUGACAAGGAUGGGAAUGGCUGCAUAGAUAAACCUGAGCUGCUGGAAAUUGUUGAAUCCAUCUACAAGCUGAAGCAAGUGUGUCGGGCCGAGGUGGAGGAGAGGACCCCAUUGCUCACACCAGAGGAGGUUGUGGACAGGAUAUUUCAGUUAGUGGAUGAGAAUGGGGAUGGGCAGUUAUCCCUUGAUGAGUUCAUUGAUGGGGCCAGGAAAGACAAGUGGGUGAUGAAGAUGUUGCAAAUGGAUGUCAACCCUGGGGGCUGGGUCACUGAGCAGAGGAGAAAGAGUGCUAUGUUCUGA